AUGAAAGAAUUAAAUGAACAAGGAUUACGUAGACGUAAGUCGAUUAAAAACCUAAAAUUGUCACAUCCUAAUUCAACUGAUCAUAUAAAACCACUACAUUAUAAUGACAAUAAUAAAAUGUAUAAUAAAUUAUCACAACGAUAUAUAUCAUAUAUUGAUAAAACACCAUUAACACAUCAUACAAAAUCAGACUCACGAAUGAUAAAUAUCAUUGAAAUUAGCAUUAUAUGUGGUGUAUUUUUAACUGGGUAUUUUGUUUAUCAUUAUUCCGAUAGAAUGUAUAUACCUAUCAUGAAGUUCUAUGCUCAUUUAGGUAUUAAAGAAGCUCAGAAUCGUCUCAGUCAACAUUUACUUUAUCACGCUAAUACCAAAGAACAAUAUGAAGAAGCUAUUUAUUGGUUAAAAAUAUCUGCUAUUCAGAAUAAAAAUCCAAUCGCAUCAUACAACUACGUGAUCGCACAUUUUAAAGAGCACACUACAGAAAGUAAUUUAACAACAAAUCAAGUCAAUGACUUGCUGGUUCAUGCAUUGAAUAAUGGAGUUCCUGAGGCGCAACAUUUAUUAAAUCAUUGCAGCAAAUUAGAAAAUCUAGCCAAAUUAAAAAAUAUUGUAUUGUCGGAGGAAUCAGGGGACGAAUACGAAGAAAUCGCUGAUUACCUAAUAUGA